GCUACAAUGAGCAAAAAGCACGUUUCACGCAAACUUAAAUCGGCUUGGCGUAAGCAUAUCGACAUAUCGGACGUCGAUCAGUUUCUCGAGGAACAGCGGCAAGAUGAACGUAUCGGUGGUAAACUCGCGGAAAAGCCGGAUGUGGAGCUAUUUACCGAGGAUAAGAAAACGAACACAUCAAAACCGACGCUGCGAGAAUUACGGAAAAAGAAGUUCGAUGAACUACCCCGAUCCCUUCUGCCGCUGGUAAACACGUCCAACGUAAGUGAUCCGAUUGUGAAGCGCAAUAUUAGGAAAAACCGAAAUCCUAUUGCCCCGAUAGCACCGGCACCGGUGCGCAUAAGAAAAAAGGGUCGACCAAGCGGUAUCGUACCGGCAACCACAGAAGAUAUAUGGGCCAAGGAUCCGCUGCCCGAGCAGCUGAAGAGCGAAUGGAUCGGGAAAGAGCUGGUACACCAUACGCUCCGGAACGUUGGCAAACCUUUGGUAACCAAUCUGCCGGCACGGAUGGACAAAGUCCAGCGGGAAAUACCGUUGCGCAAAAAGCUACCCAAUGAAGGUCUCAGCUACAACCCGGCAAUCGAUGAUUACCUAAACCUGAAGAAAAAGGUAAUCAGACAGGAGAAAGCCAUCAUCAAGAAGGAAGAACAUUACGAUCGUGUUGUAACGAAAAUGUUCGUUAAGAUGACCCCCGAGGAGAAGUACGCUACAACGUUGAGUGAAAUGUCGGAGGGUUUAGUUAAUGCGGUAAAGGCCGAACCAGACGAUAAAACCGCCGACGAAGAAGCGAUCCCGCCAGCAGUUGUUGUAGCGAAGCGCAAAAAACCAGUAUCCAGAGCGAAAAAACGAGCGCGCGAAUUGCAGGAGCAGGAAGAAAAACUGAUCCAGCGGGAACUAAGCAAGCUGAUGGAGAUCGACCAGUUGGACGAGAUCACUAACGAAAUAGAAAAGAACGAGAAGAAAUCCAUCUAUGCUGCGAAGAAACGUGCAACCAAGAGGCGAGUAUUGAGGGAAAAGAUUGAUAUGCCACUGGACUUUGUCGAGCCACAGCAGUUGUCGGGUAGCCUGCGAACGAUUCAGCCGCUAAAAAAUCUGCUUGCUACGGGACUACCGAAGGCCCGUAAAGUUGCCAUCCUGCAGAGAUCGCGUGGCGAAGUGGAGCGUAGGAACCCGCGUCGUAAGACGGUACGCUACACUCGCAGUUCCCACAAAGAACUUGUGCCGGAGAGUACAGCAUGA